GUAAAUUAUAUAAAAUCUGGAAUGCUCGUGGCCGUUUUAUCAACAUUCCUGAUUUGCUUAUCCUGCUACAACAUCACGUAUCCAUGUUCGAUCGCCUUUCCAUUCAACAGAUGAAGAAACUAUUUAGAUUCGUUAAAUAACCAUACAAAUCAUUAUAAAGCCUAUCUGCAAUACUUCUACACACAACAAAUAUACAGAGAGCCAAAAUACUGUCUACGUCCUUUACGUUUAAAAUCCAAAGUCCUUUGAAUUUCCAAGCUAGGCCAAAUGAUAGAAGUUUGGUUUGAUUAGGAUUCGAAACCUCGACAUGGAAGCAACAAUUCCAGUCUGUAAAAAUACAUUACAGUGCACAUCAAGCACGAAGAAAGCAGCCCCUAAAACUCCACUUCAUACUGGAUUUACUGUACAGCAGCUUAAGCUGAGUCCAACACUACUCUUUCCAGGGUUCCGUGACAAUCUUAAAAACAACAAUAACUUGCGCUUUUAUAAUACCCCGGAACAUCAGAAAUAUGGUUCGGCUAAUGUACCUAAAGCACAAAUGUCAUUUAGCGACAAUACUGAAACAUCGGCGAAAAAAAUUAAAAUAUCAGUCCAAACCCUAGCCGUGGCCUUUUGCUUUGGUGGUCUUGCAGGGUUUUUGCGCACACUAUUGUCCGUCCUUCCGCCUGAUUUUGGGAAAAGGUGGCGUAAGCUUGUUUACGAAAAGGAUCAGGAUCAUGCUAGCAUUGGCAAUGAAUCUGGUGCGGGGACAAUUAUUUAUGACUGCCAUGGGACUGUCAUUGCAAAGAUUGUUCCGCCGAGUAGUGAUGUGAGUGGUGGGAAAGGUAGAAAGGGGCGGCGUCCCCUACGAGCAAGUGAUAUUCCAUCAUUCAUGUGGCAAGCUGUUGUUGCAUCGGAGGAUCGCCGUUUCUUUGAGCACCACGGCAUUGAUCCUAAAGGACUUGCAAGGGCUGCCUUGUCCAUGUCUGCUGGCGGUGGGGGAAGCACCAUUACACAGCAGUUGGUAAAGAAUGUAUUUCUCACUAAUGAUCGUAAAUGGGAACGAAAGGUUGUUGAGAUGAUUUUGGCUUUGUUAGUGGAGAGGCACAUGUCAAAGUGGGACAUACUAUUUUCAUAUUUGAAUAAGAUAUAUUGGGGUCAUGGUUUGUACGGAAUAGAAAGAGCCUCAGCAUUUUAUUUUGGAAAGCACCCUUCCCUUCUUACAUUGGGAGAAUGUGCCAUGUUAGCUGGCAUCAUUCCUGCACCAGAGCUUCUUUCUCCAUACAGGGACCCUAGCAGGGGGAAGAAGCCCCAGGGAAGGACAUUAAGGAGGAUGGUUGAAGCUGGGUUCUUGCAUCCAGAAAUGGCAGAAGAGGCUCUCUGUGAGACUCUUUUCACGGGUUCAAAUGGACAAGGUGUGUCUGGGCUGUGGCGAGCACCCUAUUUUGUUAGUGAGGUUCUAUAUGAAUUGGCUCAGAAAUAUGGACAUGAUACAAUAUUGAGAGAUGGAUUGCAGGUUUACACUACCCUGGAUUUAGAAAGGCAAGAGAUAGCUGAGAAGGUAAUCAAUGAGGAAGCUGCUGAAUAUGACCAAGAGAGAAUCACACUCGCGGAGAAGAAAUUAAAGAAAGCCCAUGACAAAGUUGAAGAUUUUUAUAAAGCACGUCAGAAGGAGAUAGAUAAAGCUGUUACUAGGGCUAUAGCAAGGGUCCAUGUUGAGUGGAAGCAUUCGACUGAACUUCCAGUUGUCAUGCCAGAGCAUGCAAAAGUUUCAAGGGAAGCCGUGUUAGCUGAAGCUGUGGUAGCUGCUUCAGAAAAGGCUCAUUCAAUUGUCAUUCAGAAAUAUGCACCAGUGGAGAGAUAUUUACAAGGAAUUGUUUCCACAUUUGAAGCGGAGUUGAAGGAAGCAGCCAAAUCUAGGCUGGAAGGUGCUGUAGUUGCUAUUGAACCUUUAAGUGGAGCUGUUCAAAUACUCGUCGGAGGGAGGGACUUUCUUGAGAGCAGUUUCAACCGUGCAACAUUGGCGUUCAGGUCACCAGGAUCAACUUUCAAGCCUGUUGUUUUUUUGGCAGCUUUAGCUCAGGGCAUGACCCGGGGUUAUACUCUUUUAGAUGAGCCGUGUACAUUUGGAAGUUUUACUCCAGAAAACUAUGAUCGAAAAUUUAGAGGACGGGUGACUCUUGAAGAAGCCUUGGUAAAGUCCUUAAAUGUUCCAACAGUUAAACUAUGUGCAGAAAUUGGAGUGGAUAAGGUUUGUAACAUGAGUAGAGCUUUGGGUAUUGAGAGUCCUCUUCCACAUGAACUUCCAUUGUCACUCGGAGGUUGUGAGGUAACUCCCUUGCAGUUGGCAACAGUUUAUUCAACUAUAGCUGCAGGGGGGUUCUAUCGCAAACCAUAUAUUAUCAGACGUGUGGAAACUGGUAAUGGUCGUGUCCUUGAAGAGGUGGAGCAAUCAGGCACUCAGUCUCAGCGUGUUGUUGAUGAAAAUGCCAUUUCAGAAAUACGGCAAUUAUUACAGGCUGUUGUUGAGCAGGGGACAGGUCGUGCAGCAAGAUUAGGUAGGCCCUGUGCAGGAAAAACAGGGACAUCUGAUGGGCACAGAGAUGUCUGGUUUGCUGGAUUCACUCCAGAGUUGGCCUGUGUGUUAUGGUUUGGAUACGAUGAUAAUGCAACGGUUGGUGGAUUGCACCCAGGUACUGGUGCUUCACAUGCAGCUCCUGUAUGGAAGCGAUUAAUGAAACAUAUUCACAAGGGUCUUUCUGUAAAAAAAUUUCAUGACAGGGGAAAUGACAAAUAUGGAAUGCGGUCCUCAUACUUUAUUAGAAAAUCAAGGCGUGCCUGCAGGAUUGGCAUUAAAGAUGUUAGGAACUCUACUAAAGAAAACCAUGAAAAAGUUGCUUUGAGAGAAGUCUGGGAUUGGGAAAACGCAAGCAGCGUUUGGAGUGAAAAAGAGAAAAUGAAAGAGUGGACUGAAGAUCGAUUAAAACAGGCAAAGAAAAUCAAUGUGGCUAGAGCUCCUUAGAGGUCAAUUCUGCAAAAGUGGACUAUGGGUGGUAUUUCUCUGAGCUAACAAUUUCCUCUCUUGCUGCUGGUGCUCCCUGUGUUUCUCUCUAAUCUUCCCCGGGUGAACCUGGAGCGUUUGUUAGAGCUGCAAGUGGCGCUUUGAUCUGUCAAGAGCUGCUUCAUUAGAACCCAUUGUCCUUUCAUGUACUUUAGGUGGUCUGGUUCAAAGCUCAAAUGAAAAUCAUUCAUGCUUUGGUGCUAGGUCAGUGCAAGAAAGGUGUUCAUCCUUGGGUGUUAUUUAUAUAUCCCUAGAAGAAACAUUCAGAAUCCAUACAUAACGGCAUUCUUUAAAAAAAUUCGUUGUGAGCCAAAAAAAGGUGUCACGCAGGAGAUGGAGAGAUUAUCCAUACUAGACCUUUUCCAAUUCCAAUUCCAAUUCCGCAAAGAGAGAAUAAAAGGGCAGUAAGGAACAAUUUAAUGGAUUCUUCGUUUUGAUAUAUAACAGUGCAAACAUUUCAGUUGUCCUCUUCGCUGAUCUUUUCAAAUGGAGGUCAAUAUAAUGAGAACUGGUCAAACACUAGUUAUAAAAUCCUGGAGCACGAUCAUCAGAGAAACAGUUGAUGAGGACGACUUCUUUUAACAUCCUUCAGGUUGAAUCUACUGAAUGUAAUUUUUCAUUGAAACGGAUUUAGCUGGCACGGGAAAAAUUUCAACGGCUGCUGACCGUUUCCGAUGUUGGAGAAACUGUUAUACAUAACAUACAAGUUUUGAUUCUUUGCAAAUAGUGGCCUAACAAAUGACUCUGUUGACAAUUUUGAUAUUUGGUAAAUUUACAGCCUUCCCUUCUGUGUAUGUCAAAUUAUAACAUGGUAUCAGAGCUGGUGGUGAAUUUGACGGUCCCAUGACUGAUCAUUACUUUUCAUUAUUAAUUGUUUCAAAGUUUAA